GCACCACGGAGGGAGUGAGAGAGAGAGGUGCAGUUGAGAGAGACAGCCUCUUAGAGCCGUGAGGCAGAAGUGAUGGAUUCAGCCCACAGGAAAGUGACAGUCUUCUACUAACGGGCCACAGGCAGUACACAACCUGCCCUGGACUCUCACCAUUUAUCAGGAAACUACCUCCACCAGCCAACUAAAGUUGUCUUUUGAAAGUGCUCCAACUUUUUCAAGUGGAUUUUGGAACAAUCUGCUCAAUGUUUGCUGAAGGGUUCCUGGCAAGUUAACCUUCAGUUGAGCUAAUGACGGUGUUUUAAUAAUAGGCUUUACAACAACACUGCCCUCCACGUCUGGAAUGGACAGAGGCGACGGAGAGUGAGUAACUACACAGGCAGAGUGCAGAAAGGCGGAGAGUAGGACGCAGGGUGCUUUCACACUUGGGAUGACUUUCUACCAGGAGAAACUUCAAUCAGCGCUGCCAGGAGGGCAAGGCAACUGAGGCAGCCCCAUCCAUACUCUACAGUUAUCUCGUUUUGGUGAGUUGGAUCCAUGGAGCCCCCUUCAAUGGUCCUGCUGGGGCUCCUUCUUGUUUAUGGACUAGCAUGUGGUGCCCAGGAAACUCAGGGAAGUCCGUCAGACACCAAGAAUGGCAGGGGCAAGACCCAAGAGUUUCAGAGUAGUGAGGAUGAUUUAGAGAGAGAGUUUCUGUAUACUGGAAGGAGCAAGCGGGCUCCAGUUGAGCAGCCACAGGACAAGUGCUCCUACACUUUCAUUGUGCCUCAGCAGAAAGUGACCGGAGCCAUCUGUGUCAACUCCAAGGAGCCGGAGGCCAUGUUGGAAAAUCGAGUCAACAAACAGGAGUUAGAGCUGCUGAAUGUGGAGCUGCAGAAACAGAAGAGGCAGAUUGAGACCCUGCAGCAAUUGGUAGAGGUUGACGGAGGUAUUGUCAAUGAGGUAAAGCUUCUGAGGAAGGAGAGCCGAAACAUGAACUCCAGAGUCACUCAGCUGUACAUGCAGCUGCUCCAUGAGAUCAUCAGGAAGAGAGACAAUGCUCUUGAAUUGGCUCAGAUGGAGAACAAGAUCCUGAACCAAACCUCUGAGAUGUCACAGCUCACCGGUCGAUACAAAGAUCUCGAGCACAAGUACCAACAUUUGGCUUCUUUGGCCAACAACCAAUCAACUCUUAUUGCCCUGUUGGAGGAGCAGUGCCAGACUCGCCCUCCCCCUCGUCACGUGCCCGUCCCCCAGCCACGGUCUCAGCCACCUCAACCAUCACCACCUCUAAACAAGCCUUACCAGCCACCUGUUGUACCACGAAUUAGCAAACCAAUCAGCAACGAGAUCCAGAGUGACCAAAAAUCUCAACCGGUUCUUCCAACAAUGCCCACUGGCACACACAGCCCAUCCACCACUGACAAGCCCUCUGGGCCCUUUAAGGAUUGUCUGCAGGCUCUGGACGACGGCCACACAGCCAGCGGCAUGUGCCUGGUGAAGCCAGAGAAUGCCAAUCGGCUUAUGCAGGUGUGGUGCGACCAGAGACACGACCCAGGUGGCUGGACUGUGAUCCAGCGGAGGGUGGACGGCUCCGUCAACUUUUUCAGGAACUGGGAGACAUACAAGCAAGGCUUUGGCAAUAUUGAUGGCGAGUACUGGCUGGGUCUGGAGAACAUAUACUGGCUGACUAACCAGGCCAACUACAAACUGCUGGUCACGCUGGAGGACUGGUCCGGCAGGAAGACGUUUGCAGAGUACGCCAGCUUCAGAGUGGAGCCUGAGGCCGACUUCUACAAGCUCAGGGUGGGCCGUUAUCAUGGCAACGCUGGAGAUUCCCUCACUUGGCAUAACGGCAAACAGUUCACAACACUGGAUAGAGACCAUGAUGCAUAUACAGGCAAUUGCGCCCACUACCAAAAGGGAGGCUGGUGGUACAACUCUUGUGCCCAUUCCAAUUUGAAUGGAGUUUGGUACAGAGGGGGACACUACCGCAGCCGCUACCAAGAUGGAGUCUAUUGGGCCGAGUUCAGAGGAGGAGCCUAUUCACUAAAGAAAGUGGUCAUGAUGAUCCGUCCAAACCCAAACACCUUCCACUAAGCAUCCAAUGAGCACACAUACUGUACUGUAUCUUUCACUAAAACAAAACAGCUCCUAAAAUCCCUACAACUUUUAUCUUUUUGGUUUAAAGGAUGGGCAGCACACCACACUACAAAGAAACAGAUGAUGUUGAAAGUGCAAUAUAUGAAAACAUCAGGAUGAUGUAUAAUUUGUGUUGCAAUGUUAUUCCGUUUGUACCAUUUCUCUUUUAAGACGCGUUUGUUGCUCAGGAGAUUGUGCGCUGUUUUUUAUUCAAACUGAAUUAAAACUGCUUAUUGGACAGUGCUCUCAUUAGAUCUUAGUGACUAAAACACCACAAACCUUAAUUGACAUGAAUAGAUUACAAUAAUUCAGCUUGAGAUAGGAACCCUCGAUAUAUAUUGUAUGUAUACUAAAAGUUGUUUUUUGCAGUACAAGCAAAUGAGGUUGACACAGGAAACGUAUCCAGUGACUUUAAUUUCAUUCAAAAUACAUUUUUCAAAUGUGUUAUUUAUAGGAACAGUUACAUUUAUUGACUUGUUAUACAGAGUCGAUAUUCUGGCCAGUAUUGUUUAUUGCAAAUACAUGUAUUAUAAAAACAGUGCCAUUUACUUUUCGUACAAAUAAAAACUGUUGAUAGCAAUAUCUGACUUUAUCAAUUGUCUGCUUAUGCAUCUAAUAUAAUGAAUAACACAAAUCAACUCCACCUGAAUUUGUGGAGGUACACUCGCUUCAAAGUUCUUGUUCACUUGUUUUAAAAUCUUGAAUUGCUUGAACAGGUAUCCACCAAUUUGCUUGUAUGAAUCAAGCACUGUAUUUACUGUAUAAAAUAGUGGUUUGUUGAUGUCAAUAGAUGCAACACAUUGCGUUUGUACAUAAGAUAUUUGUAAUAUAAUGUAUUAAAACCUGUUAUGUUACUAUUACGUUGCAAUAAAAUAUGUACAGCUUG